AUAAACCUGGAUAAAGUUUAUGCUAAAUAAAACAAAACCAUACAGAAUUUAGUUUGUUGUAAAUGAUAAGCCAUUAUUGAUCAUAUUUUCAUAAAUAUAAACAUAGUAUUUGGUUAUUAACAUUAUGUCGGAUAAGGAAGAAAAAGUACAACAAUUUAAGUCAGUUACUGGAGUGGAAGAAGAACGAGCUCGAUUCUAUUUAGAGUCCUCAAGAUGGGAUUUAGAGAUUGCUAUAGCUAGUUUUUAUGAAAAUGACGAGCCAGAAGUAGUUGUUAAUGAGCCCCAAAGAAGUGAAGCAGUGAAUCUUCCUUCAACAGAGACAAGUUCCAGUCCCCAAUUUAUGAAAUCAUCUGCAAAAUCUAAGACUCGAAAUCCUAAAUUUGCUACAAUUCACACCAUAAAUAGUUCCAGUGAAGAAGAGGAAGAAGGACAAGCAUUUUAUGCUGGAGGUUCUGAACACAGUGGGCAACAGGUAUUAGGACCUGCCAAGAAAAAGGACAUUGUUUCUGACAUGUUUAAAGCAGUUAGAGAACAUGGGGUGGAAUUAUCAGAACCUUCAGCUGGCAGUAGUUCUAAUGCACAUGCAUUUAAAGGAACUGGUUAUAAAUUAGGACAAACUGAAACAGACACAGAAGCUGUCCCAGGAGCACAAGUAUCAAAACCACCAGAACAAGUCACACUGAAACUAUGGGCAGAUGGUUUUAGUGUAGAUGAUGGAGAAUUAAGGCACUAUGCAGACCCAUCAAAUAGGGAUUUUUUAGAUAGUAUUCGAAGGGGUGAAAUACCCCAUGAAUUAAGACUUGAAUCUUCAGAAGUACAUUUAGCAAUGGAGGAUCAUCGAAUGGAAGCUUACAAGAAAGACUUGUCAGGUUCAAAACGUAAACCCUUUUCUGGUCAUGGUUAUACUUUAGGAAGUCCUGCACCAGCUGCCGUGGGUGCACCUGCCAUUGAUGAAAAAGAUUGUAAAGUGAAUGAAGCUAAUGCAAAAAUAUUAGUUUCUGUAGAUCCCUCCAAACCUACAACAAAUUUACAAAUUCGUUUAGCUGAUGGAACGAGAUUAGUAGCCCAAUUUAACCACGAUCACACGGUAGCCGAUAUUCGAACUUAUAUAACUACUGCAAGACCUCAGUAUCAGACUAGAUCUUUUAUACUACUUUCAACUUAUCCUUCACGUGAAUUAAAGGACGAAGAAACGCUGGCUUCGGCUGGACUACUUAACUCUUCAAUAAUGCAAAAACUUACUUAAAAGAUUAUACUAUAUCUAGGCUUUUUGAAAAAAAUAAUUAAUUCAAAAACUAUUAGCUUAUUUUGAUUUUGUAGAUCUUUUUCAAGGAAAAUAUAAACAUUGUAAUUUUAUUUUGUUUUCUUGAACAGUCGAAAGGAAUUAAUGA